AUGUCAGGGAAUGUAGAACACGUUUUAAAAGCCAAUGAACUACUUUAUAAUAACAUAACAGAGUCUUUGUCUGAUCAAUCUGUUAAAAAAUACAACAAUGAUAAGCUCACUUUGAAAGAACUCGACAAAUGGAGAACAGAUGAACUUCCAGCCAUACUAAAUAACCGGUUCAAGGAAAAGAGCAAUUGCUGGUUAACCAAAGACGAAUUGGUAUUGUUAAUGGAUUGGAAGCUUGCUAAGGGUGUAUUCAGACCGAUUUUGCCUAAGUUAAUCAAGUCAAACACGCCAGAUCAAGUAAGAGAAGUAACCAAAGCAGGAUUUACCAUGUUUCUUGAUUAUAUUAAAGAAAUCAAGGAUGUCGAGAAUUUUUGGAAGAACGAUUCAGAAGAGAAACGAAAACAAUAUAAAACAAAUAUAAGGUCAGUAUUCAAGAAAAUAUGUGAAUUGAAGGGUGUUGGACCCGCAACAGCAAGUUUGAUCUUAUCUUUAUUAUGCAAAAUUGACAAGUACUUAGUUCCACCAUUCUUCAGUGACGAGAGCUUUAUGUAUUAUGUAAUUGAUCCAUUUAGACCGGAAACAAAAAUUAAAUACAGUGUGAAAGAAUAUGUAGAUGAAUUAUUGGAAGCAUAUUUUGACAUUCUAUUCAGAUACAAAGAUGACGAUUUUCUCAAUAUGGAUAUUCUUGAAAAGGGUGGAUGGAGUUUGAAAAUGUAUGAUAUACACAAAAUUGAUACCUUGGCAGAUCUAAAAGUUCCUUUUGAAGUCGACGAUACGGAUCUUGUUAAAUUUAGUUAUAAGAACGACGAAAAGAAGAAAAGUAAAGAUACCGGGGAAGAUACGGAGCAGCCACGCCUUAAGAAACAGAAGAAACAAAAAUAA